AUGGUGAUAUUGGAACGUACACCGCCAAGAAAAUGGCAAGCAGAGGGAAGCGAUCAAGAGGAGGUCAAUAAUCGAAAUGGAUUUGCGGGAGGUUUCAAUAAUGGAGCAUCCGCUCAACCACGUAAGUCAUAUGUUUUCCCUUCUUUGGAGGAUAUGGCAGCUCCGAUUCGUGAACAAAGAGCUGCAAAGCAAGCAAAUGGUCAUCAGUCUGCCUCUUCAUCCGCCUCAGCUGCUUCUCCAGGUACAGUAAAACAGGUUCCUCAUACCGGCACUUCUCUUCGACAAGCUUCACCCUCCCAAGCACAAAGACAGCAACCAUCUAAGAUUCCAGUUAAUCGCACCAUGCGCUCCUCUGGAUCACCUCAAAAGAAGUCUGUUUCUCCGUUUGCGAUCAAAAAGAAUGUUGAUGAAAGCAGUGCCUCAAAGCGUACCGGUGGAAGUCCUUCUCGAAUGGCACAAUCUUCACGCGAAGCAGCUGUCGAUGCUGCUUUUCAAGAACAGAUAGAACGUGCUAUUGCAUCUGGUGAAGACCCGUUCAAGGACAAAAGAAGAGCUGUUAUGCGUGAUGAUAGCAAUGCUUCAGUCACUACUACUCCUAAUACUCUCUAUCCGCCCUUGCCGCCAAAGAGGUCAUCAAUCGCGCGACAGUCAGAUUCACAUACACUACAUGCUCUUGAGAGCAGCACCAAGGGCAGUGCAAUUCCAGAAAUUCAAGAAGGCAAAAAGACUAUUGAUGAUGAAAAUGAGAAAGCCCAAGUUCCACGUCGUUCACAGGAAGAAGUUCAAAGGGCAGCUACUACGAUACGAAAAUCACUUUUGUCCGAGGAAGGGCAAAAUGCACCAGCUACUCUACCAACUCAACAGCAGACAUUCGCAGUCGACAAUCGAAGUGCACGACCAGCCUCACCCCCUUUAGAGACGUUUACACCACAACGAAGAAGGCUUACGAGAGAAGCCCAUGCAAUUCCUAUCAUCCAACAAGAAGAAUUGCAUCGAUUGCGCAGUGAUUUACGGGAGUGUAAAGCGCUCUUGCGAGAUAGUCAGCUAGAAACGGAACGAUUACAACAAGAGUGUCAAGACAACAGAGCCGAGUAUGAUGAUGAAAAGCGCAAGAAUCAAACCAUUGAAGCCCAAUUGAAGCAUUUGGAAUUGGUUGCAUUAGAGCAUGAAUGUAUGCUCAAAGAGACACAAUGGGAGAUAACACAAAACGAUUUGAGGGUUGCAGUGGAACGAGAUGAGCAAAUGCGGAAGAAGGGGAUUGAGAUCGUACUUGCUAAGAACAAGAUUACCCGACUUAGAGCUCGUGCCUUGGAUGCAGAGAGUAGCCUUGACAAACUCAAAAGCAAACAAGGCAAACAUGAUGACAAGGUGCACCAAGAGAAAGCUGAACUUGAAGAAGAGGUAGAAAGGCUGCGGUCAGAGAGACAAGAUUUGAACGUGCAUUUGAAGGAGGUGGAAGAGAAAUACAGAGAAUACAAAGAGCAAGUAGAUUCACAUGCAGAUCAGAUGGAGGCACUUGAGAAUGCAGUCGCAACCGAGAAAGCUCGACGUAAAGAGAUUAGCUCCAGAGAAGCUGCUUUACGUGGUGAAGUACAAGAACUUCAAAAAGUGGCUGCAAGAGAGGCGAAAUUACGUGCAGAGCUGGCAGAAGUACGAGCAGAUUUGUCAAGCGAGCGGAUGGCAGUAAGUGAACUGCGUAAACAAACACAUCGGACCAAAUUAUCUGCUUCUCCCUCGAGGAAUGUAGUGGCCCAUUCACCCUUGCGGAAUAUCUCGUCGAAAGAUUCCCGUAAUGCAAUGACACCAGAAGCCGAAUUUUCUUUCGAUCGCUCUUUGAACGUUGAAGCUGCUCCUUCGCCUCCUCCUAAGCAGACGAGCCGUGCGACCAAACAGAGUCGACCCGAACCUGUUCGUACAAAAGAGAUCAAGCAAACGAAAUCUGCCAAGUCUACAGCAAAAGCUAAAGAGGCAGAGAUGAGCGAGGAUGAAGAGAGUCAAGAUGAGGUUGAGAGAAUGCAAAGCCCGGUACGCAAGACCAGAAGCGUUGCUGCUCGGCCAAAAGCUCAGCCUGCGAGUAGAGCAAAGGCUAGAAAGAAGGAGGUCGAAGUGGUAGAGAACGAAGAAAGCGAGCCAGAGUCACCUGUGCAAGAACAAAUUCCUCCAUCACCUGUUGCAACGGAAAAGAAAGCACCUGUUGAAAAGAAACGCACCACCACAAAGAAGGCAGUGGAAUUUACUGAAAAGGUAGAUGCCAUUGAAGUCCCACAACAGGACGUUGUUCCAUCAUUCUUGCCUACUAUGAAAACGACAAAGAGAUCCAUUUUGAAUAAAGGACGUAUUGCUCCACCGAAAGCAAAAACAGUUCUAGUUGGCACUUCUUCUCGCAGUCAAAUCCAGAGUGACGCAGGUGAUUCGAGUGGAGCAUCUAAAAGCAACAAGAGCAAGGAAACCAUUGCACCUCCAAUUUCGGUACAUGACGAAACGAUGCAGACACCAUUGUUACCAUCUAAGCGUGCACGAGCUGUGCAAAAUCGACAAGCGGAAGUUGAAGAAGAUGAUGAGGUAGAUAUUUCGGUGCAAGCAAACAAGGCACAGAAAGCAACGUCAAAAUUGAAGAGCAUGUCAACCAAAUUGGCACCGCCGCCAGAAGAUGUUGGAAAUGUGAGCAACGGCGGAGCUACAAGAACGCCUAUGGUACAAAAGACCACAGCUGCUGAACCUCGUAAAAAGAAACGUAAGCUUCUUAAAGCAGGAGCAAAUGUUGCAGGUGAUUUCCUGAAUUGGAAAGGAGAUGCUGAUGGAGCACUCAAUCCUGAAUUGAAUUUACCCAUGGAACUUUCACCUCUCAAACAAGGGGAAGAACAGCGUCCUGGAAGCGGUUUGAAUAUGACCUCGGGCGGUGCCCAGAAGGUAUUUGGUAGACGUAAAUGA